AUGGCUGGAAAGGGAAUUGGCUGUCUCGCCGAGGCCAUGGGCGCCUUGCGCGUGGCCGCGACCAAGCCCGCGACCUUCAGCAGGACGUUUACACGCACAAUGGCCACGGAGGCAUCUUCCAGUGAAUCCAAGAAGUCUGCCCCUGUGGCUACUCCCCAGGCCAUUCUCGAGUCGUGGAACCCUAUCUCAACCGUCCCCCUCACCAUCCACAACUUCCCCUCCCUGGAGCCGACGUCCCUUGAGCAAUGGUCCGUCAACCACCUCUACCUCCCCCUCCGCCGCGACCUCCUCCACCUCGCCGUCGUCUACGAGGGUGACAACACCCGCCAAGGCACCGCCUCCUCCAAGACCCGCUACGACGUCCACGGCUCCCACCGCAAGAUGCGCCCCCAGAAGGGCACCGGCCGCGCCCGCAUGGGCACCAAGCAGAGUCCCAUCAACCGCGGCGGCGGCAAGACGUUUGGCCCGCAGCCCCGCGACUUCGGCACCAACCUCAACCGCAAGGUCUACGACAAGGCCUGGCGCACCGCCCUGAGCUACCGCUACCGCAAGGGCGACCUGAUCGUCUGCGAGGACGGCAUGAACCUGCCCCUACCCACCGACUUUGAGCUGGUGGCCGGCCAGUACCUAAAGGACGGCCUGAGGGAGACGUACCUCAAGCGAUAUAUGACUGGGGUCCUGAGCAACCUUGGCCUUGGACGGGCCAGCGGCCGCACCCUGUUUGUAACGGGCGACCGCCGAGAGGCGCUUUUCGAGGCUAUGGAGCAGGUGCCCCAGGACGGCCGGGUGCUCGAUAUCGAAGAUGUGGAUGUCAAGGACCUCCUCGAGACCGGCAAGCUGGUCCUGGAGCGAAGCGUGCUAAAGGAGUUGAUUGAGCAGCACCAGAGCGACCUGGUGAGCAAGGUCGUGAUGCAAGGCCUUGUCAAGGGCGGGCCUGCUGUCGGGACAAAGAUCCUCGGCGCUUAA